GAGCUUUCUCCUAUGAUGACCCAUGCCAAUGCAAUUGUCUUCAAUACUGAUGGUGGAUAUUAAAGAGUCUGAGUAGCUGCAGAACAAACCUUAUGGCGGAGGUUGAUGCAAAGUUUCAGUGCCCUGUGUGUCAAGAAGUUCUCAAGAAGCCGGUGACAAUCAAUGGAUGUGCUCACAAAUUCUGUUACAAGUGUCUGCUGAGAAUGUCCAAAUCAGCGGAGGAGGGUUCUGUACAGUGUCCCGUGUGUCGACAGUCCUUCAGACUGGAGUGUGACCUCACUGCAGACAGAGCUCUAGAGAGAGAGAUAGCUACCGUGGUAACCACCUGUGAGGCCUGUCAUAAACAGUUGGCAUUACAAGAGUUGGAUGCUCACACUAUCAACUGCUCCAAAAGAAAGCCUACUCUCCAGUUCAGACCCAUAGCAGACACUAGUCAAGAAGUCAACCCUCCUCAAAACAGAAGCACCUUCAAGUGUCCCCUCUGUCCUCAAAGCCACAUGGACUGCAAGGAGCUGGUAGAUCAUGUGAACCAUUACCAUGCCAACUCUACUGAAUCAGUGGUGUGCCCUGUGUGUGCAUCUAUGCCCUGGGGCUCUUCUGACCAACACAGCCAAAACUUCCUCCAGCACUUAAACCUCAGACAUCGCUUUGAAUAUGAGACUUACGUUGAGUACGGUCAAGACGACGAUGCAGCUUUCGAAGCAGCUGUUCAAGCUUCUCUGGAAUACAAUUAAAAAACUAUAUUGGUCGAUGUUGGCUCACCAUUGUCAAUGUAUACGAGUUCAAAGUGUUGUGUUUGUGUAUACAUGUAUAUAAUUAUAAUUGUGUAUGAAUCAGUUUAAGAUAA